UCCCAAUGUUCAUCGUGCUUUCGCUCUCCACCGCCCUCCUUCAGCCCGCCAUACAGGCGCUUGGCUCAGCAGUUCUGCGACUCAACACGGGCGAUUCCGCCCUGGGCACCUGGAUAGCGUACCUGUGUGCGGCCUGCUAUCUGGUCUCGCGCCUCCCGCAGAUCUACCGAAACCACCAGCGCAAGUCUGUCCAGGGCCUCUCGAUCGGAAUGUUCUCGCUGGCUGUGUUUGGAAACCUUUCGUACGCCCUCAGCGUCAUCUGCAAGUGCGUCCCCGAGCCGUGGCGGCUCCAGGCGGCAUUCCCCUUCAUCCUCGGCAGCAUGGGGACCAUCAUCUUUGACGCCGUGAUCCUGCUCCAGUGCUGGAUCUAUCGGCCGCACCGAUACCUGGCGGAGGAGGUCUCGUUCCGUUCGUCAUAGCGAGACCCGCGCGACUGCGUUUGUGUCGAGCUCUAUGAUGUUGUUGAGAAUAUAGCAC